UCGAUCAGAUAAAUGUUGGUUCUCUCGUGUGAUCCGAUAAUCCGACGAACAUUGGAGUUCGUCAUUCUGUUGGCGAUAGUUACCGCGAUUAGUCGUACGUUCACUGCAAACAGCAAUUUUAAAAAUGGCCGGAAAGCGUCACGACAAUGGCGCAGUGGACGCUCCCGAAAGAAAAAUCAAGAAGAAGAACUCGAAGCUGGAUGAAAUCGUAAAAGAGUUGGCUGAAGUGAAAUCGUCAAAUGCCAAGCUAACCGAACAACUUGGAAAAGCACACGAAACCAUCAUGUCGCUUCAGGCCAGCUUGAGAACACCGCGACGUGAGAGUUGGGAUGUGGAAAGCGUCGAAUUCAAUGGUAAUGUUGGUCUCAGUUUGCAAACACCGCGUAGCGAGAGUGGAGAUGUGGAAAGCGUCGAAUUUAACGGGAAUGUUGGUCCCUCGAGCACCCAUCGACAGGCGAGUCGACCGGGGAAUGAAUCAGGAAACGAAUUAUCACGGUUCAUGUCUUCAAUGAAUCAGAUGUCAAUUUCUUCAAUCAGCGUACCGGAGUGUAAAGCAUCGGUGGAGGGGGAGCAGAUAGGAAGACGUGAUUUCGAAGCCUGGAAAGACCUGCUUACUGAUUCCCUCAAGUUGGCUGGAGUAAACGACGAGGCUACUCAGUUCGUUCUGUUCAAGGUGAAGGCAGGAUCAAUGCUUUUAGAAAUCUACAAGAACACCAAGUCGUCCGUGGAGGCUCCGAAUGCUGAAUUGUAUCCAUUUUCGAAUGCCUUGUUCCGGCUGAAGGCGUAUUUUGGUUCAGCGUCGGAUAUCAUGCUUCAGCGUCGGAAGCUUGCGGUGAUGGGCCAGCGACCGGAAGAAACGGAUUUGUCAUUCAUCAUGAGUUGGGGCUACUGCUCGUCUAUGUGA